AUGAGUAAUAACACAUCCAAAGGGUCCAAAGUGGACAGGAGCGCAGAAGGCCAACGUCGAAGCAACUCCCGUGGACCACAACCACAAAGAUCACGCAGUGAUAAACAGGAAACAGCCCCUGUCUCAGAGAACCGUGCUACUCGCAACGAAAUGCAUAAACUGGACAAACAAUUGAAAGAUGCUAAAAAAGAUUGCGCAAAAUCUGCAGAAAUCCUACGGAAUGAUGAUAUAUGCACAGCAAAAUGCGUGAUAGCUGAUGCCAAUUGUGAAUUACAAAAAUUGGAAUUAUAUUACCAAGACAAGAAGAGGAAGUUGGUAGCCGUUAGAGAAAGUGGAGAGAAAAUCUUGCGGCCAGGCUAUGAUGGGUGGACCAAAAGACCGUCUGAGAUCAACGAUGUAUUGAAGUUAGAGAAAGAGGCACAGAAUCUCAAAAUAGAUGAUGUGAAAACCCGGGGUACUGUUGUGAACCUUACGACGAUUUUACACAAAGCUACUGGGGAAGCAAGAACUUAUAGGGAAGAAGCUGACAUCUCCAAACAUGGUAACAACUACAAGGACAAGAAAAGGUCAAUAGCAAAGCUAGAGAGAAGAUUGGAAGAGCUUAGCCGUAUAUGA